UUGAAAUAUCAAAAUGGCUUUGGAAAUGAGUUUUGCUCUGAAGAUGAACGCUGCAAAGGAGCGUUACCAAUAAAUCAGAAUAAUCCCCAAGGCCUAUACACAUAUUGUGGUGGAGGUGAUGUUGUUUCGAGAAACGGUCUUGCCAUCCACCAAUAUUCGUGUAACUCUUCAAUGAAAAGUCGAUGUAUUUAUAACGCAGAUGGCGAUUGGCUAAUCGUGCCCCAACUGGGAAGGUUACAACUCACAACCGAAUUCGGUUUGAUCGUUGUUGAACCACUCGAGAUUGUCGUUAUACCUCAGGGAAUCCGGUUUUCGGUCGAUGUGUGUGGUCCUUCUCGUGGAUAUAUCCUUGAAGUCUAUGGUGUGCACUUCCAGUUGCCUGAUCUGGGUCCCAUCGGUGCGAACGGCUUGGCUGACCCACGUCACUUCGAAACACCAGUGGCUUGGUUUGAGGAUCGCGAUGUGGAUGUUUAUGAAAUUUGUAGUAAAUAUCAAGGAAAAUUUUUCGUUGCCAUCCAAGAUCACUCACCAUUUGACGUCGUUGCUUGGCACGGUAACUAUGUCCCCUAUAAAUAUGAUCUGAGAAAAUUCAUGACUAUCAACACCGUUUCGUUUGAUCAUGCUGAUCCUUCGAUUUUCACGGUUCUCACUGCGCCUACAACUCGUCCAGGAACAGCACUCGCUGAUUUCGUUAUUUUCCCACCACGAUGGACCGUCGCUGAGAAUACCUUUCGUCCACCUUAUUAUCAUCGGAAUUGUAUGAGUGAAUAUAUGGGUCUAAUUGAUGGUUGUUACGAGGCGAAAGAGGGUGGUUUCAAACCAGGUGGUGGUAGCCUUCAUAGUAUGAUGACACCGCAUGGGCCUGAUGCGACAUGUUUUGAGAGUGCCUCAGCAAGCAAGUUGCAACCACAGAGAGUCGCCGACGAUACAAUGGUGAAGAGUGAUGAUUUAUGUCAUAGCUUUAUGUUCGAAAGCUCGUUCAAUAUGGUUGUUACCGAUUGGGCGUUAACAAAUAAUCUUGAUAAGAACUACUAUGAGGAUUGGACUCCAUUGAAGAAGCAUUUCAAGAUGCCAAGGUUGUGUCUUCAUCAUUUAAUUAUGCUUCCAUACCCUUCGACUAGAAAGCAAUUAAGAUCGUGA